UCUGCCAGGCACAUCAGUUCAAGCUGGCGGUGAACAGCUUGCACUUGUUUGAGUUUAAACACCGGGUUCAGGACCUGAGCACCAUCGACCUGCUGGAGAUAAUGGGAGACCUGGAGCUUAUGGAUGUCAAACUGUGAUUUAUUGAUCGAGCGCUUCUGCAUGACUGGAGGAAACAGUCCUAUAGGUUACUUGAAAGCUUACCACACAAACUUGUAUCUUUCUGCUGACUCCACCAAGGUGCGAGAAGCAUUGGAAGAAGGUAUUGCAGCAGCCACCAUGUUCACCCCGGAGAAGAUGAAAGAAGUGUCGGACACUCAGCUUCGCGUGGCCUUUGACGGAGACGCUGUCCUUUUCUUAGAUGAGUCGGAACGCAUUUUCAAGGCCCACGGACUGGACAAGUUCUUUGAGCACGAGAAGGCUCACGAGAACAAACCUCUGGACCAUGGCCCACUGAAGGGAUUCCUGGAGGCUUUGGGAAAACUACAGAGGAAGUUUUUUGACAAGGGCCUACGCAUGGACUGCCCUAUCCACACCUACCUGGUCACGGCUCGCAGUGCCGCCAGUUCCGGUACCAGAGCCUUAAAAACGCUUCGGUCGUGGGGUUUGGAGAUUGAUGAGGCGCUCUUUCUAGCAGGAGCACCCAAAGGCCCCAUGCUAGAGAAGAUCAGGCCGCACCUUUUCUUUGACGAUCAGAUGUUUCACGUGGAAGGGGCGGCCGAGCUUGGCACCGUGGCCUGUCAUGUUCCCUACGGCAUUGCACAGAGACUUGCAAAGAAAUGACUCUGUUACCAGAUUGAUCAAGAAGUCCUAAAUAUAAUUAUGUAGAGGAAACUACUUAGGUAUAAUGGUGGAAAUGCUCUGAAAUGUAAGAAAAAAACAAACAAAAAAACAUUUAUGCUAAUGUCAAUUAAUAUCAUUACACUAAAACAAAAAAGCUAUUUCAUUUCCAGAAUUGUCUGUCUAUAAUGUUUGUCUAUCAUAAAUAUGUUAAAUAUCAGUUUUUAUAGUUUUAUUUUAAUCUUGCACAUAGGUGACAUGUACUUGUUGU